UUAGUAGGAUUGAUAGACAUGGAUGCAAUAGGUAUUCAUAAAGGUAAACUAGGAGAAGGGACCAUCGACAUAGACUUAAAGUCUCUCUUAAUCACCAUAAGUGAUUUAAUAGAUGGAGUAAAUGGAUUUAUAUUAUCAUUUAACAUGUAUCUAGUUGAUCUCGAAUAUACUUUCUCUUUCAAGGGAGAACAAAGGCACCCUAGAUUGUUCCCUAAUCGAUUAGGAAGUCACAAAUCAUAUUUUCUAAUGAAAAUGGCCCAUUAUGGGAGAGGUAGGGAAAGAGGGUACACACACCUAGGAUUACACCACGUUGAUGGGAGAGAAGACUU